GGUUAUGUUUUGUUAUCAAAACAAGUUCUGGCAGGUCGUCAGGUCAUAUUGAGGAAUAAAUUAUGUAAAAGAAUAGGAAGAUUUAAUUCAUGUUUCAAAGUUCGUAACUGUUCGUUGAUCGCGCUUAUUCAGCAGGAUUCAAAGUCACUCUACUUUCCGGGUAUCACUAAUGAUUUGACACCAAAAUUGUUGAAUAUGUUUCAUGAUGUUUCAUACUUAUUUCUGUACACCAACUCUUCCCUAAAGCUCUAACUCAUUUAUUCCUUUAUUUAAGUAAAUCUUGAUUUAGUCAUUAUGACUCGUGGAAAAGAAGGUAGUUCUUUAGACUCUUUCGCAACUGCAGUGAUAUCCUUAAUACUCAUCAUAGCUGCACUCUUCAUUAUAUACAAAGUUGUUCGUGGUGUUUAUUGCGUACUUUGCUUAGUGCUCCGAGUUUUGUUUCAACAGAAGUUCCACAUCUUCUUUUUAUUACUAGCUACUGUUCCAUUGUUAUUACAAAAUUUCGGGCCUCCAUAUUUUGAAUUUGAUUCCUACAGUGUGGAACCUGCUUUACCUCUGGAGGGUCCUCUCAGCAUAAAUGAUGCUUUGAAUGAUGGUGAGAAGCUAUUUAAGGGUCAAAUCAAGGGUCCUGAGAGUCUAGUGGCGCACAAAGGCAUUCUCUAUGCAGGACUUGCAACUGGAGAGAUCAUAGCCGUCCAGGACGAUAAUUGGUGGGUUGUUGCAGACCUCCUUCAGCCGUGUCGUGGAGCAUGGGACUUAGACAAUUGUGGACGACCUCUUGGGUUAGCAUUCGACAAGGAAGGGUUUUUGUGGGUUGCUGAUGCAUAUUAUGGAAUUUACAAAGUCGAUGUUAAAUCCAAGAAGCAAGCUUAUAAGCUAGUUGUUCCAACAAAUAAAAAAAUUAAGACAAAUGAAUCGUUAGAGGAGUAUCCAUUACUCCCAAAUUCUAUCGCUAUUGGGACAGAUGGGUCGCUUUAUUGGUCAGACUCCUCGACGAAUGUCCCGCUUCACAACUUGGUGGUUUCUGUGCUUGGAGAUAAAAGUGGCAGGUUGAUCAAAACUAAUCCAAAGACAGGUGAAUCAACGGUUUUAAUGAGUGGCCUGAGGUUUGCUAAUGGAGUGCUCUUAGCUCCAGAUGAGUCAUAUAUCUUAGUCGCUGAAACAUUUCUCUUCCGUGUUCAUAGGUAUUGGUUGAAAGGUCCAAAUAAAGGAAAAUCUGAGGUGUUCAUUGAUAGGCUUCCUGGUGCUCCAGACAAUCUAUCACCCACAGAAGACGGCGGUUUUAUCAUCAACCUCAUUCAACCUAGGAGUGCAGCGUUAGACACACUGGCUGCCUGGAAAUCGGUGAGGAGAUUCAUCGCAGCCAUCCUGUGUCUAGCUGAUCUAAUGUUUCAGAAAAUAGAUGAACGCUAUCCGAACGAUUUUAAUAAAAACAUGAUGGCAUCGAUUGGCCACUACAGUUCAAUAGCACCAUUCAUGACUCGCCAUUCAAUUGCCGUUUUUUGCGACAAGAAUGGAAAAAUCUUGAAAAGUCUGCAUGCAAGGGGAGACAUCGCAGCUGUGAGUGAUGUGGUCACUCUCAAUGGGUAUCACUAUUUGGGUUCGCCUCACAAUGAUUUCUUAGGGAGAGUCAGAGUGAGAUAAAAUAACUGGGUUUUGAAGCUGUAGCUAGAUUAAUUUAUACUUUUUAAGUAUGGGUAAGGGAAAGUUGGGUAUCCUGGAUCAUAAGGUUAAGAUUUUCUUCAUGAAGGUGAUUCAAGGGCUGGUUUAGUGGAUAUGCAAUGUAUUGUACUGAUUAGCAUUUCCAAGUAACCAUUAAUUUACAAGUUUCAAGAGUGCACAUUUGUUACCACAAUCCUUUGAUAUAUCCUUAAAUUAUGAAAGUAAAAUUCUAUUACCCAAAGGAAUAAAAUUGCAUUUGAUACAGGUGUGGACUUUUCAGUUGCUCAUAAAAUUUUACAUCCAAGAAAAACAUUCUUAUUUUAUCAGAAUUUUGCUUUGGAAAUUUGCAUCAAGAGAUAUUAUUUGGACCAUAAGCUGGGUUUAAAUCAUGUUGUAAGAGAAGGGCAAUCUCAACAUUUUACAAAAAAAAAAAUUAAAAAUUGCUGAACAUGUGGAGCUUUUCCAUGAAACAUUGCAUUUCAUUUCAUCCCAAAUUCUCCAGCGUUUGAAUCACCUUGAAUCUAUUUUUACUGAAUUUUCUCUCUUAACUUAAGACAUUCCUUAAGAAGUAAUUAUGUUUUUUGUUUUAAAAAAAAAUGUUCGUUUCUAAUUCUGUGAUAAGUUCUUUUUUCAAGUAAAGGGUAAACGUAAUGGGUUUAUGAAAUUGAUCAUCCGUAGGGCAUCUAAACAGUUUUUGUCAAAUAGCUAUCGUGUAACACAGUACCGAAUCACAAAAAAUUAUUCUUUGUCCUCUUUCAUGUCCCUUCCUAUGAGUCAAUGUGUCAAUUUUGGCAAAAUUAUAACCAAAAUCGCUCACCAACUGCUGCGUAAACAGUACUAACUCUGUGUACUGGCAGCAAUUGGCAAACGUAAUAUGUAGUUAGUCAAUGAUUCUGCCAGGUAAUUUUGGUUUCCCCGUGUUGAUUCAUGUGAAAAUUUGCUUACGACUUCCAUUCUAGAGACUAUGUUUACAGAGAGUAAUGCUUUGUUAAAAACGGUAGGGGUGUCCCAAUUUUUGUUUUUCCUACACUAACAUAACGUUGUCAAUUUUUGACAUGGUUAGUCUUGAACUCAAUGGGUUGCUUUUGAGUUUAUGGUUCAAAUGAGCCCAACAUUAAGCCUCUAGCCAGCUUAGUUUUUGAAUCAGACUAUGCGGGUACUGAUUGAACACCCUAUGUAUAAUUGCAAGAGUAGAGGAGAAAACAAAAUACAGCUUGAUCCAGAGUAACGAUGCCUUGCUGUAGUGAUAAGCUUAGAAUUUGCUGUUACGUGAUGCACAGAAAUCUAUUUAAUAUUCUUGAAAUCUCGAAACUUUUUUGAAAAAAAGGGGUAAAGGUUGAAAAUAGUGAAAAAGACUGAUUAUUAUGAGUUGAACAUGCUCUGUGUGUCUCCUUUGUAAGAAUGUGAUGAAAAAUAUAAAACUUCCCACCAUGCAUUUAAGGGUAUUUCAAUUAUUAUCAUUGUAUUGUACUUCAUUAUUUUUUUGGCAGUUAUUUUACUAAAUGUUGUUACUCCUUAAAUUCUUAACAGAUACUAUUUUUAUCGCUUAUUAAGUUAAGGAAACGUUUUCACUUUUUGAUACUGAUCAUACUGUACUAUCACAUCUCGGGUUUUUUCCUCUGAAUUUAUUGAGCCUUACGAUGCGUUUCUUACCAAGGAGGUCUCAACGAUUCAAUCUUUAUCAUCGCUGUUUAGAAAAUUCCUCCCUCCCCCCAACAAAAAAUUAGGGUUUGCUUUUAUUAAUCAGUAAGAGUGAUUGAUUUCUUUGAUCAGAAUUGGGCCCUACUUCCACCAGUAAAUCAGCUGAUCAUCAAAAGAAAGCGUUUCAUUUUUUUGUCAAGCUGACCGAGGGAAUGUCAAGGCAUCGAUUGAGAUGGUUAACUUUGAUCAGUCUGUUAGCUGAGUAAGAAUAAAAGCAUGUAAGCACUCUCGUUGAGAACAAGUUAUGUUCUGUUUUGUGAAUUCUGAAUUCGGCAGCUUUUAUCAAGCACAAUAAUUUAUUAAGCAUUUUUAUUUUUUAUAAGCAUUUUAUUUUAAGUAUUCCUCUAUUGCUCACAGACCCUCAGAGCGUGUGAUUAGUACUUAUUUAUCUUUGAAUUUUUCCACGCAGCUUGCAGUAGAAUUGUAACAUCUUCAAGGAAUAUGGAAGGAAUUUUCAAUGCAAACAUUUUUUAAUGUGGAAGACAGUUGUUUUGCAGGUUUAACAUUCAGUCCCUUGAUACUCAAGUCUCUGAAGACAGGAUAGUAUAGUAUUUAAGUGUGACCCGGAAGAGGAAAUUUUGCUCUCAGAAACUCCCUUCAAGUUUCAUGUAAUGAACUACUAUCAGGCAUCUUUUUUUCCUCCCUUGAAAUUCAUGUUUUGGUUGUAUGCAUCGCAUUUAAUUCAAUGAUGGUUUUUCUUACUUUUAUAACGUGUAUUUUAUAUCAUGAUAUCAAUUUUUCAAUGGUAAUACUCAGACUUCGUAAUGCAUUUCUUCCAGUACUCCGUAAACUUUGAAGACCUUGCUUUUCUUCUCGAACAGUUCAACAUAAAAAAAUCGUCUUGAAUUCUGAAAUUAGAUAAAAAGAGGAAGGAAAAAGACGAUCCAAAAUUAUCAUAUAAGAUAGCAACUGAUUUUUAUGAAGAGAUCAAAAAUGUUGAAAUCUUUUCCUGCUUUAACUUUGUAGAAUAAUGCUCAAUCAUUAAAGAAAGAUUAUACACUCAUUAGAAGUUACGUAUUUCUGUACUCAAAACGAAAGAAUCAUUGUUGUUGGUGUACCUUUUAUAUACUUAUUAUAUCAUGUAAGUUUAGGAAUGUGGUUAUUUUUAAAGUUUGUUCCAUUUUUAUUGAUUUUUUAACCAAAGUUUCUCCAUAAUGUAAGUUCUGAUUAGUUUGGUGAAAUUCUGGAAAUGUACAGUAUGUAUCCGAUUUUUAUCCUAAACUUAAUUUUGUCUCUGUGAUCGGGAGUUUUUUUUCAUUCUCUCCUCAAAUUUGAUCUUUCACAUGUUAUACUUUACAUGAAUUCCAAGAUAGUAAAACAUGAAAUUAAAAAAGUGAAAAAUCUUGCUUUGUUAUUCUUCCAAUAGAGAAGAGAGUCUCCCCAAGAGAAAUUCCAUUCAUUAAUCCUGGAGCAGAAUUUUCCAAAACGAGAAUUAUUGUUUUUUUUUGUGAAGCUUAUCAUAUGACUUUCUUAAAAAAUAAAAAUCGUCAUGAGUUUUUAUCUAUCUAUU